CUCCUGAACUCAGCACGUUUAUUCGUGCUUAUUGUUUCCUAAUUGAUUUGUGGACCGUGGGGCCCAGGCCGCUGCACAUGUGUAGCUGUCUGUACGUCCCGCACCACGCUUGCCUAUUCAUUCUGUCUUCAUACGACAAUCACAUUGUCUACGAAUGUGCACAUUCGAAAUGCUGUGAGCAUAUUCAGAGAAUUAGGGUUCAGGCGCCCCCUCUACAUAAAAUCUUUGCGAACAGCAAACACUGACAGAUCUCAAGAGGAUUCAGGGCGAUCGGGCGGCGUCUGCUUCCUGCUUGCCCAUGCAAGGGGCCCUUCGGUUGGUGCCCUGGCAUUGCAAGCCUGCCGAUAGUCCACAUUGAUUGGGGGGAAUGCUCCAACUGUGGUCUGCAGAGGGGAUAGGGCAGCGAUGCCGGUGUAUCGACCGAAGCAUGCGGGAUCCUAAUUGCUUGAUACCUCCGCUGCUUCUGUAACUUUGAUAGAUCAGCGUCAUGAGCGGCUUCUUGGGGGACCUCAGUCCCCAACAGCAAGCCAUAUUAGAUGUUUUCAGGAAGUCGCUCAUGCUGAAGGGCAUGCUGAGGGCGAGGGAUGAUGACAUCACAUUGCUGCGAUUCUUACGGGCCAGGCAGUUUGACCUUGAGAAAGCCGAGGCUAUGUUUGCGGCCAUGCUCAAGUUCCGGGAAGAGAACAAUGUUGACACAAUCAGGGAGACAUUCGCUUUCCCAGAGAAAGACAAGGUGAAGCAGUACUAUCCGCACUACCACCACAAGACCGACAAGCAGGGUCGCCCGAUGUACUUCGAGCAACUAGGCGUGCUAAAGCUGGACGAGCUGUUGAAGGUCACGACCUUGGAACGGAUGCUGUUAUACCACGUCCAGGAGUGGGAGGUCCUGAUUGACACCAAGUUCCCAGCGUGCUCCAAGAAAGCAAAAACGAGCAUCAACUCGUCACUCACGGUGCUCGACCUCAAAGGAGUGUCGCUGAAGCACAUGACCAAGACGGUGCGCGCGUUCAUCCAGAAGCUGGCGCGAGUCGACCAGGACUACUACCCCGAGUACCUGGGCAAGAUGAUGAUCAUCAACGCGCCCACAUCGUUCAAGGCCAUCUGGGCGCUCGUGAAGCCCUUCCUCGACAAGCACACGCUCAAGAAAAUUGAGGUGCACGGCAGCCAAUUUUUGCCGCACCUGCUCAAGGAGGCGGACGCCGAGAGCAUCCCGGCAUUCCUGGGGGGUUCCUGCUGUUGCGAGGGCAGGUGCCAAAACUCGGAUGCCGGCCCUUGGCGAGAUCCCACAUACAUGGUCGUGGAACCUUUAAAAGCGCAGCAGGUGACGUAGCACGGUGCACUGAACGGGACAGGUGACUAUUCUUUGCAGUCCAGCUAGACUUCGUGAGCUACACUUGCCGAGUCGGAAGUACAGAAGAGACCACUUUUACAGCCCGUAUUCGAGGACGAUUCUUUCAUUCAGCAAAAGCAGACAUUGCAGCCGUACGCAGGCAGCUGAGGUUACACGAUGUCAGCAUCAGCGUGAUUGUCGGCUCGUACCAAUCAGCUGGAUAGGUUGCACGGAGUGACUUUACAGCUGGUUAUUUGAGGGCGCCUCAGCAUUUAAGCAGAUUUUCGUACGUGUAUUAUAGAGGUACUCAAGAGGAUUGAACUAUUGCUGGCAUGCAAAGCGAAGUUAGAAACUUCAUCUUGUUUCGAGGAGAUUCAUCAUCAGCUUGUUCUUGCAUCGAAAAAGGUUCAUGCG